AAUCUCAUCAUCCUCCCUGCUUCUGUCAACAGGGAGCAGCCAAUCUUCAGCAGCCGUGCCCAUGUUUUUCAGAUUGAUCCCAACACCAAGAGGAACUGGAUACCUGCUAGCAAGCAUGCGGUCACAGUGUCUUUUUUCUAUGAUGCCAACCGCAAUGUCUAUCGUAUCAUUAGCGUGGGUGGGACUAAAGCAAUCAUCAACUGCACUGUUACCCCCAGCAUGACAUUCACAAAAACAUCCCAAAAGUUUGGUCAGUGGGCUGACAGCAGAGCCAACACAGUCUAUGGUCUGGGCUUUGCCACUGAGCAGCAACUGCAUCAGUUUUCAGACAAAUUCAAGGAGGUAAAGGAUGCUGCUCGCCUGGCUAGGGAGAAAUCACAAGACAAAGAACUAGUAAACACUGCUCUCACCAUUGCUGCUCCUCAGGACCUCUCGGAUGAACUCCAGUCUCCACCUAUGAUGUGCAUUAACGGACCAGAAGACAAGCUGUUCCGAAGCCAGAGUGCAGACAUCACUCUGUCCUCUGAGAAGGAGCGCAUUAAGAAGAUGCUUUCUGAGGGAUCUGUUUGUGAGAUUAAUCUGGAAGCUGAGCUCUUCACUCUCCAGGACAGCAACUCGAAGUUGGUGGCAGCUUUGCAUGAAGCUAAUGCUAAUGUGGAGCAAUGGAAAAAACAGCUGUUAGCAUAUCAGGAGGAAACCGAAAGACUCAGAGAGCAGGUGGCUGAAUUAGAGGCACAUGGAAGUCAAGGGCCCAGUGAUUUGUUGAAGGAUGAGCUGACACAGUCCUUGGAGGAGCUGGAGGCUUUAUUAAAGGCCAAAGAUGAGGAAAUUCACAUUUUGCAAAGCAAGAAAGCAGAAUACCAUGAAAUGGAACAUGAAAGAGAGGAGGCCAUCCACAGAUUAAGGGAGAUGGAGAUGCGGAACUCUGAGCUGGAACGUCGCAUCCAGAACACAGAGCAAAACUUAAGUAAUUCUCUGGAGGAACGAGAUCGUAUGGAUACUGAAAUCCACAGGGCAAUAGAAAUUCUAGACAUCAAGAUCUUUGACCUCAAUGACCUCCGCCAAAGCCUUGUUAAACUUAUUGACAAGUAA